UCACUGAGCAAACUUGCUCAAAAUUGAAGCCUCAAAUUGCAAAGGGUGGCAGAGUUAUGAUCCGUGCAAUGGUUGCAGAAGUUUCAAGAGAUGCUAUUGGUUUUUAACGUGACAAUGAAUCAAUUACUGGAAUAGUAUUUGGCCUACAGUAAAUUGCAAAUGAAAAAGGCAAUUCUAUGUUUGCCUGAAAACUUUCUUUGGCUUGCAGAUGGAUACGAUUGGAAAAAGGCCAUCGAUGAGUAAAAUAACUCCGUAAAUGGAAUUUUUUCGAAUGUAAUGCAGAUCCUAGAUUGAUGGAAGAAGUCACUGAAAUCUUAUCAUCACAUUUGGAAUCCAGGUUUUUUUCAAUCAGUAGGCGAAUUGAUGAAUAGAAAAACGCGGCCUUACCUUUCACUGCUUUAUAUAAUUGCUUUCUUUUAAAGUGAGACUAAAACUGUCAGGUUCAAGGGACGCAUUUUGUGCACAUCUUAGACAAAAGUUUGUCUUUGUGGUCGCCAUCCGGAAAAAUCACCACAGCUCUGUAAAAAUGACGGCGGCAUUGAAGUUUCAGCACACAAGACAGUCGUUCAGAUUGUUUAUUCUGUUAUUUAUUUUGGUGCUCUACACUUGUGUUUGCGCUGUCGUCUUUAACGCUCUGGAAGUAGCUAAUGAUGAACGUCAGUACGAGAUCUAUCAAGGAAAGAAAAAGCAUUACAAACAAAAGUAUAACAUGAGCGAAGAAGAUUUCAUUCACUUUAUCACUGACGCUAAUGUUCUUGUCAAGCGCGGAUAUGCUGAAAGCUACAAAAACUACUGGAAUUUCUAUCACGCGUUUUGGUUUACAACAACAGUGGUCACUACCAUGGGUUUUGGACAGAUUGUUCCUCUCACAUUUGGAGGCCGGUUGUUUUGCAUAUUCUGUGCCCUGCUUGGAAUUCCUCUAAAUUUGGUCGUGCUCAAGACAGUCGGUGAACGAAUCAAUCGAUACAUCUACAACACUAUUAAGCAAGUCGAGAAAAAAUACCACAGAAAGAGGCGCCCCUCCCAUGUAGGGAUCAAAGCUGCGGUGGUCUCCUUCUUAAUGAUGGUAGCAGUCCUCCUGGUGGGAGGAGCUUCUGACAUGAUCUUUGACGGCUGGACUUUUUUUGAUGGGGUUUAUUUCAAUUUCAUCGCGUACAGUACAAUUGGGUUUGGCGAUCUUUUUCCACGAGUAGAGAAGUCGUCGAAACUGGACGAGCUUGGUCUGGGUGAAAACGGCAAGCGUUUGUUCGCUACGUUCGUGAUGAUGACAUUUAUGAUCUUGGGAUUGUCAGUGACUUCUACAGUCAUUUGCUCGAUUUUGAACGUGAUUGACGAGAUGUCACACGUGCCUGCGACUUGGAGAACUAAAUCUACAGAAUCCAGUCGGGACCCUGACUCAGUUACGUUACGAAACUUAAAGAAGAAAAUAAGCAAAGAGAAGCUGGAGAUAAAUAAACUGGAACUGAACGAAAAGAGCGGCAAAGAUCUACCACAUGAACAAUCUGGCAAGGAAAGCCACAUUCCCAAAAGUUUUUGUUGAGAGUUAACGUUUAGAAGAGUGGGUUUCAAGUGAGUCAGACUACGAGCCGUUUCUCCUUGUCGGCGAGGUCUGUUGCGCAAGACAAAAAAUCAGUGAAGAAAACAUUCACGUUAGGGCGCUGCGCGGAGAUGUGGAGACGUCAGGGCGCAUGGAAAGCAGGCCUCACUCCCAGAGUUCUGCGCGGCGCGCUUACAUCAAAUUUUUCUGUCACUGACUUUUUUCACUUGAGCAACAGACUUCGCCAAAAAGGAGCGACUACUAUUAGUCUACAAGUCAAUGGUAAUCCAGGAAAUUUACCACUCGAAAGUUCCCAUACAUAAGGGAAACUUCUACCCCAGUACAUAGGGUGUAAAACAGCGUUCGAGAAACGGAAUUAGGUUUCAUUGGAGAGAAAUGAAUGGUUCUGAUCAGUAAAACGAUUUCCCAUCAGCCUUGUACUUUGUCUACUAGAAGUCAGCAAAUGUGUACAUUGAUAUUCAAUUGUGUGGUUUUCAAGAAAAAAAGUAUAUUCAAGAAAAAAGUCCGAUUUUAUACGGAAAAUUGCGCACAAGGAUGCUAAAGCAUGUGCGAAGAAACAAUUUUCGCAACUGUUUUGGAAUAAGGAAACUUGAGACGGCGUUAAAGACUGAGAACGAGAGAAUGCGUUGUCAGAAAUUAAUAUGACCAGUAAACUAAAGAGGCUCCGUUUUGGUAUGAGAUAAACGCCAUAACUGAAAAGUGUGGCAAAUUUCAAGAGAAAGAUCUCCAUCCCUUCCUCUGCCGUACGGUAUGCAUCUCCAACUCCAGAAAGCAUCCUCGCACUGCAUUGCAAAGCAAUUAAAAUCUGGAGAUACGAAUUAACCGCGAGGAUUGCUGGAUGUGCUUUUCAGGAUGGCCUGGGAACGAGUUUGCAGAGGCACGCCAUCAUCGGUAUUAUUAGAUUACAGUGAUUUACGUUGAAUCCGGAACUACAGGUUUUAGGUUUGUUUGUAUUACAUCCGAUAGCCAACCUCUGAUCGGAAAACGAGUUCGCGCAAUUGUCGAAAAGACGAAGAUCGAACUUGGAAGGAAGAGGGAAGGAGCGUUGCGUGACGACCCUAAGAACGGCUGUGUAGCAGACUAAUCCAGCCGAAGAGGCAUUACGUUGUUUGCGCUUUUCACGCAAGCGCAAGGCAAGUGCGAGGCGCGCGCGUGGGAAAUGCGUUCUUGAAGAUGGGCCCUCAUGCACGUCUUGUUACCUCGUGAUAGCCUUCGCUCGAAUUAAACGCGCGAAAAGUAGACGCCUGCGGAACUUUGGGGGAGUUUAAUUAUAUAUGAUAGUAAUGGCAACAGACACGUCAUAUGUGUAGAGGUAUUUUUUUUUUUUAACUGAGUGCUGCAGGCUCGGACUUUGACUUACAAUAUGUACAACACUAACUAAAUCUAGCCAAUUUUUUUAUGCCAUAAAGUCUCAAUAAAAACAAUAAGUCUAAAACGUACAAGUAUCAUGUAAAAUUUGCGACAGUUGAAUUUAGAAGCUGUUGUUUAAGGAUAUAUUAAACAAGUUUUAAGGCUACCAGCAGUCCCCACUUUUCAGCGAGGUCCGUCGCCCAACCCCAAAUAGAUGUCAGAAAAAAAAUAUCGAAGCGAGCGCGCUGGAAGUGAGGCCCACGAAAACCAGGUGCGCCUCACCGACUGAGUUCCGAGCGGCGCGUUCACGUCAUUUUUUCCCCUUUUUGUCCAGAUGCUUUUUUCUAAUCGGUGCGAUGGACUUCGCCGUAAAGGAAGGCUAGCUUGUAGUCUAAUAGAAUUUAACACGGAAAAUAAAAUACGCUUACCAAAAGAAAACCCCAGCUUCCCGGAUUAUGGUUCGAGGAAAAAAAAAACCACAAUGUUUGGGGAUGGUGGACUCGCAGAGGAGAAGAAAACAAUAAGCAAUUUCUUCGUCAGCUAAAUGAAAACAGCUAAAGAGAGAGAGAGAGA